CAAUCACACAAACAGCAAGUUGCUGUCAUGCUCAUCAACGCUCUUAUAUGUUCGAUAUAAAAAAUUGAUAUGUAUAUUCUUUUUUUAUAAUCAUAGAUAAUAACAAUAAUAACAACAAUAGUAAUAAUAAAUAGACAUACAUAUAUAUUUAAGGCCUCUUAAUUAUAAAAAAUAAAUGUAAUAAAAUAGUGGUUAUAACUUUUGAUAAUUUUUCAAGUAUAAAUAAUAAUAAUAAUAAUAAUGAUAUAAAAGUGAUGGAUAAAUAAUCAAUAAUAAUAAUGAGUGACAAUAGUAUACCGAUUGUCGAACCAACAAUUGAUUACACUAAGGUACCGCCAAUUCAUCAAAAAAGAACAGUAUCAUUUAUAAAUCAUUUUAUAGUAACGACAGUAUCAUUUUUAAAUAAAUUUGCACUGACAUGCGAGGAAAAACUUUAUGAUUUUGAAAACAAAUUGCAAAAGUUAGAAGCCGCUGUUGUUAUACUUGAGUCUAGGCUUUCAUCCAUACCGGGCUUGGAAAUUAAAUCACCAGAUAAAUCAAAAGACUGUGAGAAAAAAGAAAACGAGACUGUUGAUAAUAAUGAUCCUGAGAAAACCACGAACACUAGCCAAGAUGUUAAAGCGCCAGGCCACGACGAAGCAGAUAAAAAUGAACCAGAGCUCGAAAGUACUCAAGCCCAAGUACAAAAUCAAAUUUCUGAUGAUUUAGAACCGAUUUGUACGCAUCCGGUUUACCGAAAAUAUUUUAAAAUGUUACAUGUCGGCGUAUUAAAGCCAGCAGUUAAGAUAAAAAUGGCUCAAGAAGGUCUAGAUCCAUCUCUACUUGAUGAUCCUCAACAUCUUAUUCCUAAGAUUUCUGAUACACCAGAAUGAUGUAUCGUUUAAAAAAUAAAUAAAAUAAAUUUAUACAAGUA